CAUCCUCUUCCUCUCUAGUGACAACCGCAAUUUCUUCGCCGUAAAGAAUCUUGGGAUAUCACCGGAAGCACAGUAGCUAGGUUUUCAAAGUGUCCUUGUGCACUCACCUAGAAAUUUACUAAAAUGUACAGGCAACUUAUGAGUCUUCAGCAGCUGUCCAGGCGGACUAUCUCCAGUAGUGCCCGCAGACAGGUGGACAACAUGGUCAAGGAGAAGCAGAAGCUGUUCCAGGCAGAUAACGGGAUACCAGUCCAUCUGAAGGGAGGAGCCAAGGAUGCUAUUCUGUACAGGGCAACGAUGGCCCUUACAGUCUUUGGAAGCGGAUUUGUCGUGUAUGAACUCCUCAAUGCAGCAAUGCCCAAGAAGGCAUGAGUGCCGUUGUCCAUCCCUAAAUUAAUCUUCUCUGUUGUACAGAUGUAUGAUCUGGGAGAUUAUUUGUCUUGUCAAUAAUGCCAAUAUGUUUCAUGCAUGGGAUCAAUAUUUAUUGAUUGUACAAUUAAUGUACCACAGAUAAUAAAACAACCACAAUACAAAGUCA